CCUGGAGACGGCACUAACGAACUUCGAGAGGAGAAUACAACGCCCGCAACCGCCACGGGGAGGGGCGGGGGCAGGACUCGUCCGCGGCCCGGGAGCGGGCGGGGCCCUGCCCUGCCCUGCCGCUGGGGGACUCAGCACGCUGCAAGGUAAUAUUGGCAAUAGUGCUUGAAAUGGAGUCACUUUCCUGCUCUUCUGAGGAUGUUAGUCAGCCAUCACAUGAAAAUGAUGAGUGGGAUCCUUUUCACCGAAGUACAUUUCCUACUUGCCACCAGUGAGUGGAUUUGUGAAGUCCUGCUUGUAACCCAUGGUUACAAUCUAUUGAGGAGAAAAUUGAGCAGUUAGAGGGUCAGAAUAAAGAGAUGCUCCUAGGUUACCCCACCAGGCGUCGUAGUUGUGCUUUGGUAAAUACUCCAUCUCCAUGUGUUAACAAAGCUAUUCAUCACAUUCAAGAGCUGGAAGUAAAGAUAGAAAGCUCCUUUCAACAGCAUGAUCGUACACUUGAGAAGGAGAAAAUUCCAUGCAGGACUAUAACCUUAAAGCAGGAAACAGAAGCGGUGUUAUCAGAGGUCAUUGAGCUGAUUAAGCGACUAGAAGCUGAACGUAAAGAGGCUGAAGAAGCUUUGAAGCGGGAAAAACAGCGAAAGAAAACGCUUGUAAUGAAAAUUGAUUGCAUGUCAAUUUGGAGGCUUCAACAAUUCCCUAUAGCUGUACAAAAAGAACAUGAGAUUUGUACUCAAGAUAUCUCAGAACUACAGUGGCAUUUUGACACUGCAAAUCGUCAGCUCCAACAGGUAAAAGCCCAAGUACUUAAGAUAGAGACAGUUAAUGGAAGGAUUCAAGAGGAUAUAGACUUCAUGAAGAAAUACAGCCCUCUGCUGGAAGAAAAGCUGAAUCUUGAGGGUGACGCUAUGAAGGAUGUAUUACUGGCACAUGGAAAGGCAUCAAAAUUAUAUUAUGAUGUUUAUCGGGAACUUCUGAGAAUCCAGCAGAUUUUAAAACAAGUCACAGAAGAAGCUGAAAAGGAGAGAGAAUCUAUGUCUGAGAAAAUUAAACACGCUGAGAUAGUGUUGAAGCAGUACCAGAAUGAUUUAAAACACUCAGAAUUUCUUUGGACUGAAUUGUGUAUCAAGUUAAAAGAAACAGAGGAGAAGAUUAUAAAGGAAGAAAGACACCUUGAAGAGUUAGUAAAGCAAAAAGAAGAGAUACAGGAAGAUGCUAAAUCUUGGAACAAAAAAGUAGAGGAUUUAAACAAUAAAACAUUGGCUCAAGAAAAUGAGAACAAAAGUUUAUUAGAUGCUUGUUCUGAAGUGAUUAAAGUGAUGGAAGAUUUAAAAACUAGCUGGGAAUCUGAACAUUUGACUAUGAAACAAACGCUCCUCAAUACCCUUCAAGCAGUGGAUGAAUUGGAACGUGAAAAUAAAGAACUUGAGAGAGAAAAUGAAGAAUAUGUGCAAAAAUCCAGAGAAAGUUCAAGAAGAAAAAUAACGUAUCAGUCAGAACUGCAGAUUAUAUGCAAAAACACCCGUAAAAUUGAAGAGCAAAUAAGAAAAGUGAAUAAAGAGCUAUAUAAUAUUGAAAUAGCUUAUGGUGAAGGAAAAAUAAAACUGGAGGAAUUAGAAGAAAAAAUAAUUAGAGAAAAAAUCCGGUACAAGAAUUUGGAAGAGAACAUAAAAAAAUUAAUUCGAGAUGAAAGAGGAACAUGGCAACUGACUCAGGCCAGGAUUAAAGCAAUGUAUAGUGAGCUAGAGCAAAAGAAAAAAGAUAGCAUCAAGACAAAAGAAGAAACUAUAAAGAGGAUAGCAGACAUCGAGGGACCAGUGGCUGAACUAGAAGCACAAUUUAUUGAAAAUAAAAAUAUACAUAAAGAAAAUAUUGAGAAACUUUACAAUCUGAAUCAGAAAAUGCAAGAACUAGAUGAACAGAAGAAACAAGCAGAACAACAACUGGAGCACAAAAAGAGUACCACGAAGAAUCAGUUAACUGAUAUACAGGAAAAAUAUUCAGAUGUUACCAGUCGACUAGAUGAAACCACUCACAUUAUUGAAAAUUUUCAAAACAGAAUUCAUGAAUUAAAUGAAUUAGCAGAGACAAAGCAAAGACAAAUUGAAACUACAGAGAAAUCCCUCAUGGAAUUGAGGGAAAAUUUUAGUGCUGUUAGCUGUAAGCAGGAGAAAAAUCAGAUGAUAAUUGAUUACCUCCAGAAUGAAUUAGAAAAAUAUGAGAAGAGAAUACAGCAUGAGGAAAAAACAUAUGGAGAAUUACUAUGGACUAGACAGAAAAAUUUGGAAGAGAUGAAGAUUACUCUGGAGCAGAUGAUAAAAGAAAAUUUGUGGUUAGCACAAGAGUAUCAGAUCUUUCAGAAAUAUUGUUUAAAUGAUAAAGAAAACCUUAUGGAUCUCUAUGAUGAUAGGGUCAAGGUGGAAGCUGCAGUUAGAGAUCAUCAGCAGGGGGAGUUGUCAAAAACGAUCCAGCACAUCACUGCCUUCUUGCAUUCCUUGACAGAUGGCUCAUCUACUGAAGACGACAAUGCAAACAACCAAUGUCUCUUGGAUGCCGAAGUAAAAGACAAGAAAAGUCACACAGUUCAGAUAACAGUGUAAUUGGACAUUCACCUGUUUGCCAUUUCACACUUCCAUGGACGAAAAACUCACUCACCUCCCAGCAUGCCUUGCCUUUCUCUUACUUACAGCAAAUCCAUAACAAUGAAACAGGUGACUUUCAUGCUGCUGUCAGGAACGAUCUAAUUUCAGCUCUGGGUGACUGAUUGCAAUUGGCUUUGCCUCAUCUGAUAAUUAAUCUAUGUCACCAUUAAUUGGAAGAGAGAAUAAUUACUAGCGGUGUUGACAGUGACUGUACGCUUCCCCAGAUUUCCCCAUCGUGUUGGCCCGAAUAAAGGCUUUGCGAUUCAGUACUUAAAGUUUAUGUAAACUGUAACAAUGCCUAUGCCCAUGUGACACUUUCAGACACUCUGUCUAAUGUACUUUUAUUUUUGUGUUUACCAAUCUUUUUUAGCUCACUGAAAGCUGUCUCCCUCAAUCACUCCUCAAUGUUCUAUCUUAAUUUUGUGGAAGUUUAAAGUUUUCAAUGAGCUGGAGAUGAAUGAUUAAUGAAUAAAUUUAAAUGCUUCAUUUUGUCUAUGGA